UAAACUUUUCUGUCAUUGAAUUUACUUAUUUCUACAAGGAAUUAUAAAAAUCAACAUGGGGGCUCUGGCAAGCAGACAAAAUGCUGGAGUUGAAGAGGCAGAUGUAGUCUCUAAUCAUGCGUACAAAUAUCCACCCAGAUCUGGCAACUACUUUGGAAGUCAUUUCAUCAUGGGUGGUGAACGAUUUGACACACCUCAGCCAGAAGCAUACUUGUUUGGAGAAAAUGCAGAUUUGAAUUUUCUUGGGAGCAGACCAACUCCUGAUCCCAGCAACCUCCUGUCAAAAAAGAACAUAUUCCCAUAUCCACCUCCUCAGUCAAAUGAACCAACAAAGACAUUGAAAAGUUUAGUCAACAUCAGAAAGGAAUCAUUAAGAUUUGUCCGAUGCCCCGAACCGGUUGGUAAAUUGAAUGAUAACAAGAUAAGUGAUGGAAUGAUUAAAAGUGUAGACUGCAACGUAAAAGGGACAUAUUAUAACAUAGAGUUCACAUUUGACUGUGAUGCUAGAUGUGCUAUUACUGUUUUCUAUUUUUGUACCGAAGAGGUGACUCCGGCUGGUGUUGUGUAUUAUCCCAGAGAUCCCACAAUGACCUCACAGACAUAUCACUACAAGAAAGGUGCCAAUCAACAGUUUUGUCAGAUCUCACAUGUAUUUGACCCAUCAAAGUACCCAGAGGAAGACUUGAUUUACAAUGCGGAUAGAGAAAUAAUACCCAUUGCCAUCUAUUGUGUUGUUGAUGAGGGACAGGAAGAAAUUCGGCAAUCACACACUACCAUAGCCAUUAUAGAAAAACACUCAGAUGGGACAUAUGUUUUAAAAGCAUUGAAACAAAAGUUAUUUGUUGAUGGAUUAUGUUAUCUGCUUCAGGAAAUAUACGGCAUUGAAAACAAGAAUUUAGAUACAAAGCCAAGUUCAGAUGAGGAGACUGAAGAUGGUGGCUCAGAGUGUGUAAUCUGCAUGUGCGAUGUAAGGGAUACUCUGAUCCUGCCGUGCCGACACCUCUGCCUGUGCAACUCAUGCGCAGACUCACUUCGCUAUCAAGCGAACAACUGCCCCAUCUGCCGCGCACCCUUCCGCGCCCUGCUGCAGAUCCGCGCUCUGCAGAGACUCUCCGCGCCAGGACUGCUGCCUGCACCCACUAAUCCACCUGAUGGCAGUAUGGAGAACAUCCCGGCGGGGUACGAGCCGGUGUCGCUGCUGGAGGCAUUGAACGGACCGAGUGCGCGCGCGCGUCCGCCGCCUGCGCCUGCUCCCGCACCAGCCAUCGCCAGCCCCGAUACUGACACCGCCUCACAGGCGGCGGAAAUCUUGAACCGUUGCAACGUGGAGCGCGAACGCAGCUCGUCCACUAGCCUGGGCAGCGGCGGCAGUCGCAAGGCGCGCCGCGGCUCCAAGGAGACUCGCCCGCCGCACCAGCCGCUCACACCUGAGUUCCGUAUGUCGGUGCUGCUGGCGCGCGAGGAGGAGGCGAAGCGCGCUGAAGACAAGGCGGUGGCCAGCAGCCCCCUACUCUACAAUCACAAUGGACUCUCUUCGGACAAACUGUCCAAAAGUUCAUUGAAUUCUCACGGCGUGUCGGAGGGCGAGUCGCGCGCCGGUUCCGCGGCCUCGGUGUGUGCGUCCGAUGACGAAGCCACGCCCACCGCUGGGGCGGAGCCCGACAGCGACGCCGAACGCCGCUCGCCCCUCCUCGCUAACCAGACCACGCCCACGCUGCCUGUUAAUGGGGUGUUGAAGAACAGCGGGGCUGCGCUACGUCUGGCUGCGCCUGCGCUUGCGCAUAUCGACGACACCGACACUGAGGAGGCAGACCCCGCGCACAACUCGCUGGUCCGCACGCCGAGCGGGACGUCCCCGGCGGCGGAGGACUCGGACUAUUUCACGCCGGAGGAGCCCGCCACCACCAUCCUGAGCGGGCCGCGCGCCGCCAGGCCUGAGACCGCGCCCUCCGUGGGGGCGGAGGCGCCGCAACGCUGGGCCCUUCCGCACCACGUCACCUCGCUGCCAGGCACUCCUCUGAGCCAGUGGAGCGCGCGGUCGUCGGGCGAGUCGUACAGCUCGACGUCAUCCUCGCGGCAGCUACUGGCCGCGCCGCUGCCGGCUGAGCCCUGCUAGCGGCCGGCCCCCAAGCGCCUCGCGCUCUCCUGCCACGCCCCCGACACACCUCUCUCGCCUUUCUAACAUACAAGUAACAUACUUUCCCACGUGUAUAUGUAAGAAGGCAGGAUAGAGAUAAAC